AUGGAUUCCACUGCCGCCAUUCGAUCCUUCCACUAUCCCAUAGGCACUAUGUCCCAUCUGCGAUCUUCAAUUGAUAGGGCAGCUGUAGUUCCCUGCCAUAAAGUCAGAUGGAACUCUAGUAAGUGCGUCUACUCUCACACCAGGGGUAAGAAGACACUGGUUUCAUGUGCAAAAACAGUUGAAGCUAUCAACAUAACCAGUUCUGAUGACAGCACUCUGCAAAGCUCAUUAGAGAAAAAGCCAUUGCAAACUGCUACUUUUCCUAAUGGAUUUGAGGCUUUGGUAUUAGAGGUAUGUGAUGAGACUGAAAUUGCUGAACUGAAAUUAAAGGUCGGUGAGUUUGAGAUGCAUCUUAAGCGAAACAUUGGAGCAACAAAAGCUCCAUUGUCUAACAUUUCACCAACUAUACCACCACCUAUUCCAAGUGAACCUAUGGACGAAACAGCACGAGCUACUCCACAGCCAUUGCCACCAAAAUCAUCUCCAGAAAAAACCAAUCCAUUUGCAAAUGUUACACCACAAAAGUCAUCGAAGUUGACAGCAUUGGAGGCGUCUGGUACCAAUACAUACGUGUUAAUAUCAUCUCCUACGGUUGGUUUAUUCCGAAGAGGUAGAACGAUUAAAGGGAAGAAGCUUCCUCCUAUCUGUGAAGAGGGUGAUCUAAUCAAAGAAGGGCAAGUCAUAGGGUAUGUGGAUCAGUUUUCUACUUCACUUCCCGUUAAGGCAGAUGUAGCUGGAGAAGUGUUAAAGAUACUUGUUGAGGAAGGAGAUUCCGUUGGUUAUGGAGAUCACAUUCUUGCCGUCUUGCCAUCGUUUCAUGACAUAAAGGAUCCAGCAUUUUCCAGCUAUUGA